GAAUUUCAGCUAGUACACUUUGACAUUGGAAUAGAAAGAGCAAAAUAUAAUUUUCUAGACUUCCCUCAGAACAUAGAGUUUAUAACAUCAAGUCUAUACUUAGAAAUUAUGUUAUCAUCGUCACCAUUACCAUCUUCACCUUCUUCUCAGAAUCCUAACAUAAAUCUUUUAUUUAUAUUAGAAUCUCAAGCUCAAAAUAGAAAGAAGAUCUUGAAAGACAGAAACAAUACCUCCUCUCACCAGUGUUAG